ACGUCCAGCAGCUGAUCGGUAAUCCAGAAGAAGUUUCCCCUCAGUUAGGGGGGAGCUCCACUUUGAAGCAGGAGACUCCACAACCACCCUGCAUUAAAAAGGAAGAGGAGGAACUCUGCAUCACUCAGGAGGGAGAGUGUCUUCUAGGACGAGAGGAAGCUGAUUACACCAAGUUUCCACUGAGUAUUCUCUCUGUGAAGACUGAAGAUGAUGAAGAGAAACCACAAGUAGCUCCACUAUCAGAUAGUGAGGCGAAAGACGAGUUUGAAGAACCUUUGAGUAGGAAAACUGACUGUAAAGAACUUCCCCUUCAGCCUAAGGAGGGCAGCUCCACUUUGAAGCAGGAGGCUUCACAGCCCCCUCAAGUUAAAAAGGAAGAGGAGGAAAUCUGCAUCACUCAGGAGGGAGAGUGUCUUCUAGGACGAGAGGAAGCUGAUUACACCAAGUUGCCAUUGACUGUUGUCUCUGUGAAGACUGAAGAUGAUGAAGAGAAACCACAAGUAGACAACCUCUUAGCUCCACUAUCAGAUAGUGAGGCUGAAGACGAGGUUGAAGAACCUUUGAGCAGCGAUAAAGACUGUGAAGGUGAUAUGAGGACUCACACUGACAACAAACACUCUGAAUACUCUUCAAAGAAGAGAGAUAACACAUCUUUGAGCUGCUCGGUUUGUGCUGAAAGUUUUACUAAAAAGUGCCACUUGACUCGACACAUGAGAACACACACAGGUGGAAAACCAUAUAAGUGUUCAGUUUGUGGCAAAAGCUUUUCUCGAAAUACCUCUUUGACUCAACACAUGAGAACACACACAGGUGAAAAACCAUUUAGCUGUUCAGUUUGUGGCAAUAGCUUUUCUCUGAAGAGCCUUUUGACUAGACACAUGAGAACACACACAGGUGAAAAACCAUUUAAUUGUUCAGUUUGUGCCAAAAGCUUUUCUGAUAAGAUCCAGGCGACUCGACACAUCAUGAGAACACACUCAGGUGAAAAACCAUUUAAUUGUUCAGUUUGUGGCAAAAGCUUUUCUGAUAAUAGCCAUUUGAUUGGACACAUGAGAACACACAAAGGUGAAAAACCAUAUAAGUGUUCAGUUUGUGGCAAAAGCUUUUCUGAUAAGAGGCGUUUGACUCAACACACGAGAACACACACAGGUGAAAAACCUUUUAGUUGUUCAAUUUGUGGCAAAAGCUUUUCUCAAAAUGGCUGUUUGACUCGGCACAUGAAAACACACACAGGUGAAAAACCAUUUAAUUGUUCAGUUUGUGGCAAUAGCUUUUCUCUUAAGAGCCAUUUGACUGGACACAUGAGAACACACACAGGUGAAAAACCAUUUAGUUGUUCAGUGUGCUGUAAAAGGUUCUCACAUAAUUCAGAGGCAGUAAAACACAUGAGAACACACAAGGGAAAAUAACCAAUUAGCUGUUUAGUUUGUGGUAUGUUGCUCAUAUGUGGCGACAUCCACCCUACCCAGGACCUCCUCACUGCUUCUUUCACAAAUAUCUGAGGUAUUCAUACAAUCUUGGAUUAUUUGGAGCAUAAUCUUAUCUACUCAUGACCCCAUGUCUUCUCUGUAUCUGAAACCUUCCUGAACAGUAAGAUAGAUGAUGCUUCAAGUGCAUGGUUACUCCUUCUUCAGUCCAGGGACCUGGGGCCUCAUGUGUCAAGUUUGUGCACGCUCAAAAACCUGCACUACGUCCUUUUUCACUGCAAAGUUGAGAUGUAUCAAAACUGACAUGCUGGGUAACUGUUUGCAUAAAAAAAUGCCAACUUUCCUCAGACUGAUUGAUGUACAAAUCAGAGACAUAUGAACAAUUAACCUCCAACACCCACAACCCAACCCCCACCUCCCUCGACAUUCGGACAUAAUAGGUUCAAUCUGGCCUGCCAGAUUAGUUUGUGAAGUGUAAAAUUCAGCUGCAUUUUUUUAUUAAAUAAACUGCUGUUCUAAAUGUGUUCACUGGAUGUCGCAAUAGCAAUUCUGUUAGGCAAGCAAAUAGCAAGUAUAGCAAGUAUACCAAGCAAGGCAAUACUGUCAGCCUUUUAAGUUUUUAUUUGUGUUUUGUUUAAAAUGUUCACACAUUGCACAGCUUUUAGUUUUCUAUCGAUACACAUUAUGCCUAGAAGACAAGAAGUAACUCAACACUCUUGAAUAGUUUCUACCUCAGUUUGUAUGGUUUGUUGAGUUAGCACAGGAUUAAUAUGUGGAAGUGACAAAUGAGGUAGUUGAUACAUAAAAUAGUUUUUAUUCAUGCUUUAUUUUGUUAUUUGUUCAAUCCUAGAUGAUUGGUGACUUAGUUUUAAUUGCUUUGUAGAAACACUGAGAUUAAGUCUAAAUUCAUUGUGUUCUUCAAGGUGUUUUUGAAAUUGCACCAUUUUUCCCUUCUAAAUGUUCAACUAUCUUGAAGUGUUUUGUCAAGAUGAUUAUUUGUGAUAUGUACAUUUUCAGAAUGUGCUUGUUCUAUUUU